CCGGGCCCAACGGGCCCAACGGGCGAACGCCUAUAUCAAGGACGACGUGAUUCAUGGUACCAGGGCAACACUGCCUUGGAGUAUAAGUUGACGGCUCCCGACCUGCGGUUGUCUGCACCUCUUUCUUGUCACAGCUUGCUAAGUUUCGUUCAUUGCUUUCUUCGGUAGACUUCAGCGGUACACUUUUGAUCAUGCCUUCGUUCAAAUCUUUUUACCUCGCCACGGCGGCUGCCCUGGUCUCCUUCAGCACUGCCUUGGAUGAGACUACAUACCCUUUUCAACCGCCAACAGACACAGACGUCCGGGCCCCCUGCCCGGCUCUGAACGCCCUCGCCAACCACGGAAUUCUGCCACGCGACGGCAAGGGCGUCACCAUGGCGAUGCUCGUCGACGGUCUGUACAAAGGUUUUAGCGCCCAAAGUGACUCCACGCAGGUGCUUGGUAGCCUGGCCUUCCAGACGUCCACAACUGGCGACCCGUCGACUUUCAACUUGGACGACCUUAAGCAGCACACCCCACAUGUUCUCGAGCACGAUGGGUCACUGUCAAGAAACGACUCUUAUUUCGGCGACAACCUUUCUUUCAGUGACCAGGCGUGGGCAAGGACUCUGGCUAACUGGGGAGACAACGAGAUUAUCACUUUCGCCGUAGCCGCGGCUGAGAGAAACGCACGCUUUGCGUACGGUGCGGCCACAAAUCCCGAGUUUGACGCCGCCUCCGCCAACUCAGCGUCGCUGCUGGAGUACAGCUUGAUUCUCUCUGCGUUUGGGGAUCUGGUAGAGGGUAAUGCAAACGCCACAUUCAUCAAAUACCUCUUUGAGAAGGAAAGGCUGCCGAUAGAGCUUGGAUGGCAGCCACCCACGUCUAACAUGACACUUGCAGGGGCGCAGGCAAUGGCGGGUAAGAUAGCUGCACUGCUGUGAGGAGAGGUGUAGGAAACUUUCUGUACAUAUUUAUCUUGUUCAGACAACUUGGACGCACAAAUGGUACAAAGCACAUAACGUAUAAUUAAUAGACGUCAUGAUACCCG